CGGUGUAUUCAAAUAAGAAAUAUGAGCUCCAAAUAAUUUCUUGCACCCGAAAAAUAUUUUGAAAACGACAAAUACUUGUACUUGAAGCACAAGCGAAGUUGAAGACUUGAUAAGAAAUUAAUCGAAAGAACAAGAAGAAAAGACAAAUCAAACUAUACACACACCAAAUAGGAAACACAACCACAAUUUCCUAUUGUCUCUUCAGUAGGUAUCAUCUUUAAUGUUAUAUGUUCAUGCUUAGAAGAUAUACUAGCAAAUUAAAAUCACAUUAUUAUCCACAACGUUGAAACUCUUAAAGUAAAAAAAAAAGCCAUGAAAAUCUCAAAAGAUACAUGUUACGCCUACACACAUCUCCUAUGGCCAUGCCAACCUCGUAACGAUCAAAACCAUAUAGUUUUCUCCAAACGUUUUCAAGUCACGUGCACGGUGAGCCUCCUUCUCUUAUUCACCAGCGCGUACAUUUUCUGGCCGUCGGAUCCGUAUCUCAAGAUCGUGCGGUUGAAACUGAAGCGGAUUAAGGUGCAUCGCGUGCCGCACAUCACCGUAGACAUAUCCAUGCUCCUCACGCUGAGCGUGCAAAAUGCUGACGUGUAUUCGAUGGACUUUGGAGCGGUUGACGUGGCGGUUUCCUAUAGGGGGAAGCCACUGGGGCACGUGAGGUCGGAGAAUGGGCACGUGAGGGCAAUGGGAUCCUCUUUUGUAGACGCUGAUGCGGAAUUUGCUGGCAUUGGUGUGCUGCCUGAGAUAGUCUUCUUGCUUGAGGACCUUGCUAAGGGUACGGUACCCUUUGAUACGGUUAGCCAGGUUAGGGGUCAAAUGGGAAUUCUCUUCUUUCAUUUUCCCAUUAAGGCAAAAUUAUCAUGCGAAGUUUUGGUCAGUACAAUCAACCAGACAAUUGUUCGUCAACAUUGUCUUCACGAGGUAAACCUUAAGUGAUGAACAGAAGAGCAAGUCAAAACUGAAGAAGAGUCAGAAGAUGUUAGUCCCUUUGUAUAUAUGUAACCACUCAUUCAAAUAGCCAAAUGCUUGGGUCAAAAUUAUGAGCAUUAUUGUGACAAUGGGUAAAGAUUAAGUCGUGUAAAAUUAUGCUUACAUCUAGUAUCCUUAAGCCCGCUAGGGAUUUGGAACAGAACACAUUUCAUAUUUUGUAACAAAGUAGUUAGAAUCAAUUAAAAUUCCAAAUACUUUUUUAAUUACCAAUUUACCAUCCAA